CAAUUGCUUCGUCUUAAUGAUGUCAAUGAUGUGUACACAUCACCACAAAGUACACGACACGUCGUUGUUUUUUCAUAAAAAUAUUAUAUUUGUCUCAAGUCAAGUGCAAUAAAAAGCAAUUUGUUCACGUUGAUUAUUUUUCCAGAAUUUAAGGUUCCAAAAAGUAUUUAUUUUCCUAUAAAUCAGGAACCAAACUUAUGAAAUUCGAUUUUAUUCAUUCAAAGUAAAUACCUUGAUGAUGACCGACACAAAAAAUUAUAAUAUACUUCACUACAUAAAUCAGACAAAACAUUAUAUCAAGGAGAUCGUGGAACGCGAAGUCAAAUACGACGAAGAGAUCGAUUCGUGGCUUUUGGUAAGCAACCCUUGGCCAGUGGUCAUGAUAAUCAUAGUAUACUUAUUGUUCGUGAAGAAAAUCGGUCCGAAAAUGAUGGAAAAUCGAGAGCCGUACAAUAUUACGAACAUCAUUCUGAUUUUCAACUUCUUGCAGUUCUUGUACAACAGUCUGCUUUGUUUAUGGAUAAUUUUGACACCCGGAAUACCAAAGUUUAUAUUUUUCAAUCUAUGUACUAUAACCAGAGAAACCCCACAUGAAAAGUAUCUAAUAAAAUGUCUGCACACUGUUUCAUGGUUCUACUUUAUAUCGAAGAUCAUUGAUUUAUUGGACACCGUGUUUUUCGUUUUGAGGAAAAAACAAUCCCAUGUAUCGUUCUUGCAUGUUUAUCACCAUACAAAAAUGGUAAUGACGUGUUGGCUGCAUAUUCGAUACUUUAAAACCGAACAUGCUGCUUACGGUGCAAUGCUCAAUUCAGCUGUUCACAUAGCCAUGUAUGGUUAUUACUUUUUAGCCGCUCUCGGACCGUUCAUGCAAAAAUAUCUAUGGUGGAAAGUGUAUGUGACUCGAUUGCAAAUUACCCAAUUGUUUAUCGCAGUGACUUACUUGGUGUUUUUAUACAAAUAUGAUUGCAACAUGCCAAGAGUAUUAUCGUCCAUAUUGAUUAUCGAUCUGUUUGCCUUCAUCUAUUUGUUCAUGGAUUUCUAUAAGACCGCUUAUAAUAAAAAUAUAACGAAUAAAAUUGUUAAGCUCGACGUAAGACACAACAUAAGUAAAGUGAAACAAGUUGAUGAAAUGGACAAUACUGAUAAAAUCAAAUCAUCCUGAGUACGCAUCACAUGAAAUACAAACAAAUAUUAUUAUUCAAUAAUGUGAAUAACCAAUCGAAUCUUCUCGUUCAUGUAUAUAUAUAUGAAGUGUGGUAAAAUAAAAAUAAAAGUACAUCAAUAUAUAA